AUGUAUUUCUGUAUCUAUCUAUCUAUCUAUCUAUCUAUCUAUCUAUCUAUCUAUCUAUCUCAGCCACUUUUUCUUUUCCCUAAUCUUGUAUUUCGUAUCUAUCUAUCUAUCUAUCUAUAUAUCUAUCUAUCUAUCUAUCUAUCUAUCUCAGCCACUUUUGUAAUAAUACAUUUCACAUCUAUCGAUCUAUCUAUCUAUCUCAGCCACUUUUUUGUAAUAAUACAUUUCACAUCUAUCUAUCUAUCUAUCUAUCUAUCUAUCUAUCUAUCUAUCUCAGCCACUUUUGUAAUAAUACAUUUCACAUCUAUCGAUCUAUCUAUCUAUCUCAGCCACUUUUGUAAUAAUACAUUUCACAUCUAUCUAUCUAUCUAUCUAUCUAUCUAUCUAUCUAUCUAUCUCAGCCACUUUUGUAAUAAUACAUUUCACAUCUAUCUAUCUAUCUAUCUAUCUAUCUAUCUAUCUAUCUCAGCCACUUUUGUAAUAAUACAUUUCACAUCUAUCUAUCUAUCUAUCUAUCUAUCUAUCUAUCUAUCUAUCUAUCUCAGCCACUUUUGUAAUAAUACAUUUCACAUCUAUCUAUCUAUCUAUCUAUCUCAGCCUGUUCUUUCAUUCUUUUCCCUAAUCUUGUAUUUCGUAUCUAUCUAUCUAUCUAUCUAUCUAUCUAUCUAUCUAUCUAUCUAUCUCAGCCUCUUUUGUAAUAAUACAUUUCACAUCUAUCUAUCUAUCUAUCUAUCUAUCUAUCUCAGCCACUUUUGUAAUAAUACAUUUCACAUCUAUCUAUCUAUCUAUCUAUCUAUCUAUCUAUCUAUCUCAGCCACUUUUGUAAUAAUACAUUUCACAUCUAUCUAUCUAUCUAUCUAUCUAUCUAUCUAUCUAUCUAUCUAUCUAUCUCAGCCACUUUUCCACUUUUGUAAUAAUACAUUUCACAUCUAUCUAUCUAUCUAUCUAUCUAUCUCAGCCACUUUUGUAAUAAUACAUUUCACAUCUAUCUAUCUAUCUAUCUAUCUAUCUAUCUAUCUAUCUAUCUAUCUCAGCCACUUUUCCACUUUUGUAAUAAUACAUUUCACAUCUAUCUAUCUAUCUAUCUAUCUAUCUAUCUAUCUAUCUAUCUAUCUCAGCCACUUUUGUAAUAAUACAUUUCACAUCUAUCUAUCUAUCUAUCUAUCUAUCUAUCUCAGCCACUUUUCCACUUUUGUAAUAAUACAUUUCACAUCUAUCUAUCUAUCUAUCUAUCUAUCUAUCUAUCUCAGCCACUUUUGUAAUAAUACAUUUCACAUCUAUCUAUCUAUCUAUCUAUCUAUCUAUCUAUCUAUCUAUCUAUCUAUCUAUCUCAGCCACUUUUGUAAUCAUACAUUUCACAUCUAUCUAUCUAUCUAUCUAUCUAUCUCAGCCACUUUUGUAAUAAUAUAUUUCACAUCUAUCUAUCUAUCUAUCUAUCUAUCUAUCUAUCUAUCUAUCUCAGCCUGUUCGUUAAUCAUCUAUUUUCUAUGUACGUAUCUAUGUAUUAAUCUAUCUAUCACUCUCAGCCUGACUUUAAUCAUCCAUUUCACAUCUAUUUAUCUUUCAUUGUCUGUCUAUUUAUCUGUUUUUCUGUCUGUCUGUCUAUAUAUCUCAACCUGUUCUUUAAUUGUCCAUUUCACAUCUAUCUAUCUAUCUAUCUAUCUAUCUAUCUAUCUAUCUAUCUAUUGGUCAUGCGUUUAA